CCCUCCUCCUCCUCCUCCUCCUCUCUCUCUCCCCUAUAAUUAAUUCCCUAGAGAUGGAGAUAGAUAGCACCGACUCGUCCUCCGGCAUGAAACAUCAACCUCAGCAACAGCAGCAGCCACCGCCACAACCGCACCUCCCGCCGGGCUUCCGUUUCCAUCCCACUGACGAGGAGCUCGUCGUCCACUACCUCAAGAAGAAGGCCGCCUCCGCCCCGCUCCCCGUUGCCAUCAUCACGGAGGUCGAUCUCUAUAAGUUCGACCCCUGGGAGCUCCCAGGCAAGGCGAGCUUUGGAGAGCAAGAGUGGUACUUCUUCAGCCCCCGGGACCGCAAGUACCCGAACGGGGCGCGGCCGAACAGGGCGGCCACGUCCGGCUACUGGAAGGCCACAGGAACGGACAAGCCCGUGCUGACGUCCGGUGGGAACCAGGUCAAGGUCGGAGUGAAGAAAGCCCUCGUGUUCUACCGUGGGAGGCCUCCCAGAGGAAUCAAGACUAACUGGAUCAUGCAUGAGUACCGGCUCGCAGAUGCCAGCAGCAGGUGCUGCCCUGAUAACAACAACAACAGUAACAGCAACAGCAACAGCAACAGCAGCAGCAGUAGCAGCUGCAGGCCACCCCACGGUGGCCACAUGGCGAACAAGAAGAGGGGCGGAUCCCUCAGGCUGGACGAUUGGGUUCUGUGCCGCAUCUACAAGAAGAACAACAGUAGCGACGUCGGUGUUGACAUGAGGGCGAUGCAACGGGACAGGGAAGAUGCCAUGGACGACAUCCUCGGGGCCGCACCAUCUCUAGCUCAGCAGACGGCGGCGACAGGCGGGCAGCCUGACUCCGGUCCUCUACCUCAAAGACCUCCGACCAACUACAACGCACUGCUCGAGAACGACGAGACCUUUUUUGAGGGACUACUCGCGAACGAGGUUGGGCUGCCGUCCAACCCCAUCACCCAUCUUGCUGCUGCUGCAGCAGCGCCAAGGGCCCAACUCAACCUUGCGCUGCUUCCGGCCGGUACCUUCCCCACGAGGAACCCUCUUGCCUCUGCAUACUGGAUCGAUUCCACCGACAUCGCAGCACCAUCGGCCAAGAGGUUCCACACCGGCGAUGGCAAUAGUAGUAGCAGUGCUGCCAACAAAAACAAUACCAGUAGCUACAGCAAUGGCAGUGCCACCAACGAUGAUGGUGGCCAUGAAAAUCAGAUGAUUCUCAACCAGAUGCCGCAUGGAGCAACAUUCCAUGACCAAAUGAUGCUUCGACAACUGAGGGAUGGUGGAGCCAUCUUCCAGCAGCCAUACCAGCUCCCCGGAGUGAAUUGGAGCUCCUAAUUGACGUGUUUUUAGAGGUGAGUAUUGAUAUUCCUGUCUGUCUGUCCUUUAACGGCCCAUAACAUACGUGGAAGAAGGCUCGAUGAAGGGGUAGCUGCUAAUGCCAAAUCCCUCAAUUUCCCAUCAUUCCCUGCCACUUCAACAGUGUAAGUAAGUAUUGGCUUACUGUUGGAUAGGAGAACAGAGAUUGCAAGUUUCAGACUAUAAACACAGUUGGAUUCUUAAUAAAUAGGAGGGAGAGAGAGAGAGAGAGAGAGAUCAGAUAUAGCAAUUCUCUAAACAAAAACAAGCCAAGCAGUGAGUGUUACUCAUAUAAUCGGAAGUUCUAUAUAAAACUGAACUUAUUGUAGUUAUUCA